AUGGAAAGUUCAAACAAGAACGAUAGAAACAACGAGCAAGAAAGCUUAUACGAAUCUUGGAUGAAUCUUCAACAUGAAGAACUAAGGGAACUUGAACAAGCAGCUGCAGCAAACAGCCCAAAAGAUGAACAUAAACAAACUCAACUCAUUGAAAAGAUUAUAAACCAUUUCCAAGACUACAGUAAUAACCGUAGUCGCUUAGCACAAAAGGACGUAUCACCAUUCUUUGCACCCACCUCGUGCACCCCAUUAGAGAACUCAGUCCUAUGGAUCGGCGGGUGCAGACCAUCUUCAUUCAUACGUUUGAUUUACGCUCUCUUCUGCGGUAUGGAAAUCGAGUCUCAUAUCACUCAGUUCCUUCAGGGUAUUACAGCAAAUGGUGAACUCCCUAAGUUUACAGCAGAGCAAAUGAAUAUGGUGGACGAGUUGCAGAGCAAGACGAUUCGAGAAGAAGGGAAGCUUUCAUCAAGAUUGGCUAGUUUACAAGAAGCGAUAAUAGACCAGCCGCUUAUUAGCAAGUCGAAGAAGAAGAAAGACGAUGGAGAUGAUGAUGUAGUGUGUGAGAAUGCAGAUGAACCGUUGGAUAAACAUAACAAAUACAUGGCGGCUAUAAUGGAGGAAGCUGAUGAAUUGAGGAUGAAGACAUUGAAAGAGAUUGUGGUUAUACUUGAACCUGAUCAAGCUGUGGAAUACUUGGCAGCAGCUAAGAAGAUUAGGCUUUGUCUCCAACAAUGGGGCAAGAAGAGAGAGCAUGAUAGUACCAACUAA